AUGGCUAGAUUACGACCUAACAGUUCAAAAUGGGGAUCAAGGCCAUCUCGUAAAAGACGCCCAAACCGUAACAAAAAGCCAUCUAAAAUUCGCAAAAAUAAUUCAAAACUAGCAAAUCAGAAAAAACCAUCACGCCAAAUAAGAAAAAAUCAAAUUGUAGAAAAUGACCGUUCUUUUCGCUUAAUCAGCUGUGAAGAAGAAUUCAAUGAAGAAAUACAAGAUGAACGUAUUGUACACGAUUUUCUUAGUGAAAGCCCAAAAGAAAAUAUUCCAUUCUGUCCGCAUUCUCGUAUACAAAAUAAUAUACAAAUCCCUCUUGUACCUGAAUGUUUAAAACUUGGGUUCCUUGAACAACGUGCCGUUGCAUUAAUGCAUUGUUAUAUGAGUAUACUCAUAAUACGUGGUCGUUCAUCAUCAAUGAAAGGUCAAGUAGUACACUGUCAAACUGAUGCCCUUGAUAACAUAGGUGAUCUUCUACCAUUCCCAAAAUGUUAUGAAUUUAUGGCUGUCAUUCAACAAAAACCCUCAGAAAAACAUAAUGAAAUCAGAUCAACAGUACGUUAUUCUGUCAGUGCUACUCAAAUUCUCAAUGCGAUACUAUAUCUGAUUCAAAACCAUAUUGCAUACACCAAUAAACAAGUUUUACCAUUACGAAGCAUUGAAGAGAUGUUUCAAUGUAGAAAAGAAGACUUAGCUCCUAUCAGAAUUAUUGAUUCAUAUGCUUACAAUAAUUCUACAAUGUCUUCACCAAUAAUCCUAGACUCAAACGAAGACUUUCUAGGACCAUGUCGUACUUUAAAAGUUGGUGAAAAUCCUGUAUGGAAUAUUCAGCCCGGUAUGGAGGAAUGUACAUUUCCAUGGCUUUAUCCAACAGGUCAAGGCGGCGAACUCGACAUGAAAAGACACAUUCCAUUAAAGCUUCGUGAUUACUCUAAAUUACGAUUAAUGUCUGUUGACAAAAGAUGGCAAUCCGAUUCCAUUUGGGUAUUCCGCGCUAUGAAUUUAAUACAGCGAGACGAUUUAUGUACGGCUGUCAAUUAUCAUGCCAAACAACAAUUUAAAAAGGAUCGUUUAUGUUAUAAUAUAUAUCCAUCAAUAGGAAGAGCAAUACGAGGUACAGCUGCAUUCUGGUCGACACCUAGAAAAAUGCUACGUGCAAUGUAUGCAACCUUAUCAAAACCUAAUAUCUUUUUAAGUAUCAAUUUGCAAGAUGAUGUCGAAUUUUUAACGCAUAUUGAUCCUGUUCGUUUCGGUCAUGUGGAAAAUCCAAAAUAUGAUGCCAUUGAUAGUCUUUCGAAUGACGAUUAUUUACAAUUAGUUAAUGAGAAUAGUGCACUUGUAGCACGUAUGUGUCAUCGGCGAAUGUUAGCAUUUGAAAAGUUUGUUAGCGAUAAAAACCAUCCAUUUUUCAUUGAUUAUAUUGUAACGAAUUACUUUUUCAAAAUUGAAUUUCAACGAGGUGGUCUGCCGCAUUUACAUACUCUGCUCUGGCUCGAAAAUUUUCCAUCUAUAGAUACAGCCGAAGGGCGUCAAAGCAUUAUUGAUUUUAUUGAUAAAUUUCUCAGUACAGCUUUGCCUGAUAAACAAACAGACCCUGAAGGUCAUGUACUUGUAAAAAAGAAACAGUGGCAUUUUCAUACAUUUACAUGUGCACCAGGGAAUAUAAAAGUUCGUAUUCGUCGUGGGCGAAAAUUUAAAGAUCAACAAGAGCCAAAAUCAACCAAAGCAAAUCAACUCAAAGAUGUAAAUAAAAAUUAUUUACAUGAAAACGAAAUAUAUCAACAAGUUGAUCCAAAUAAAGAUCCAGAUCUUCUACAAAUAUUGAAAGAUAAAAAGGAAUUUUUUGAACGGUUAGGCUGCCGUUUUGGAAGUCCUUGUCAAUUAUCUAUGGUGACUCAUUUCCGCAGUUACAAAGAAGCUCGUAUAUUAACAAGAGGCGAUAGAGAUAUAAUUAUAAAGCGAUUAACUGAAGAGUCACGGCGCAUUAUUCCCUAUAAUAUGAACCUUUUGAAAACAUUUCGAUGUAAUCAUGAUAUUCAAGUUAUUACUGACCCAUGGGCAUCAGCAGAAUAUUUAUUUUCUUAUGUUGCAAAAAAUGCUCAUAUGGAAAAAGACUUAGUCUAUCAAUUGUCAAACUGUACUUGUGAAAGUUUGACAGAAGCGAAAAGUGUUCUUUUAAAAACAGGAAAUGCCAUCUUGUCACAUCGUCAAGUUGGAAAAGUUGAAGCAUCUUGGACCGUAUUAGGAAUCCCACUAUAUCAUUCUUCAAUGAGAUACAAAAGUUUGUAUAUUUCUUUGCCUUGGGAGGAGGAAAGAAUUCUCAAACGAGGAAGAAUUGAAGUUAAUACUACAGAUGAUUUUAUUGAAUCUUUAACGCACAAAUAUGUAAAGCGGCCAUCUACUCCAGCAGUUAUAGAUCAAAUGACGUUAUUUGAAUUUUUAACUUGGUUUGAUUAUGAUCGAUCUUCAUCCGCUAAACUACAGGACGCUUUAGAAGAACCACUAGUACAAAAUCCUCUGUGGCGUACUAAUUUCGAACAGCCAGCUCUCCUUAAAACAUCCGCUUUACUUCCUCGUAUUGUUCUUUCAUGUGGAACAGUAUUAAUUCAACACAAAGAGCCAACUUGCAUUAGCUUCAUUUGUAGAUAUGAUAACUCUAUGUUAGCUAUGUAUUCUAUGCUUUGCAUCGGAAUUUCUUACAGGAAUCCAAUUGAAGAAUUUCUCAAUAGCAAACUGGAAAACGAUGUAAAAGCUAUUCAUCAAGUCUUACUGAAACAUCGAACUGAAUUAAGUGAACAAUUUGGUAGAUUACCUGGAGCUUAUCAAGUCCAAAUGCUUAAUUCACUCGAACUUCUAUGCGAUUUAAACAAUCAUGAUUUUUUUAUUCAACCAAAAACGUCGUUUAUAUUUACAGGAGAUGAUGAUGAUUCAGAAGAUGGUAUGAACCAAAAUACUAUAGAUAGUUCUAUUGCAAAUACUGAACUUGAUAAAAAAGAUUUGAACAAAAAUGCUACACGAGAAAGUAUCAACGAUCAAAAUGAUGAAGACUUAGAUACCUAUCAAGAUCUAAAAAUCAAUUUCCCAUGCACACGAACACAAGAAUUAUUAGCAUCAGCAAAUGAUCAACAGCGCUUUCUUGCUGAUUUCUUAAAACAAUAUCUGGCUGCAGUUAUGCAAUAUGAACAGAGGAAGCUUCGAGUUCCUAACAUAUCUAAACCGCUUCCAUUUCAUAUCGUUGUGAAUGGUUUAGCUGGUUCCGGAAAAUCUUAUGCAAUCAGUAUCAUCGAACAAAUGCUAACUGAUUUUUGCAUAAGUGAAUCAGCUAUUCGAAAUCGUCCAAGAAGAAGAAAAGGAUUGCUAAAGAUGGCUCAUACUGGAAAAGCUGCUCUAAAUAUCCAUGGAUGGACUAUUCAUACUGCUCUAAGCAUGCGUCCUGAUAAUACAACAACACCAAACAAUGCACCAGCAUUUAAGCUACAUUCACUUCGAAAUAGACUUGGUGAAUUAAUUUUGAUAAUCAUUGAUGAAAUCUCUCUUGUUUCAUAUAAUCUUUUCCAAAAAGUCAACAAACGUCUAAAUGAAAUAUUUCAAGUAUCGGAUAAAAGUGAUACGUACUUUGGAAACAUUCCAAUAUUAUUAUUUGGCGAUUUAGCUCAAUGUGAACCAGUUGCUGCUAAACAAAUUUUCUGGCGACCAUCUACUGAAACUUUUUCCCUUUGGACUGAUCUGUUUAGACCAAUUAAUUUCAAUAUUAAUAUGCGACAAGGAGAAGAUCGAGAAUUUUUUGAGAUUCUAUGUCGAAUGAGAUUAGGUCAAUACACUGAACAAGAUGAAGUGGCCAUUAAAUCUAGAAGUAUACGAAAAGAAGAUAAUUUAAUCUAUUACAAAGAUCGAUUGGAAGAGUUGAACUCUUCUGACUUCAGUGAUACGAUAUAUGCAUAUAGCGUACGAUCUAAAACAAACGAACGUAAUUCGAUGAAAUUGAAAGAAACUGCGAUGAAAUUGAAAAAACCUAUUUGGAUAAUCCAGUCAAUCGACAAAAUUGGUAUGGCUAGAACAUCCCUUUUUAAUCCCAUUCAUGCGAGCAAAAAAGAAUAUCGAAUUCAAUUGAAACCAUCAGAUGAUGAAAAUGAAUGUGGAUCAAUGUUCCGACAACUUCCACUUUGUAUUGGUGCACGAGUCAUUUGUAGGCGAAAUAUUGAUUUUGAUGGGCAAAUGGUAAACGGUACCGAAGCAAUUGUAAAAGAUAUCAUCUGGGAAGAUAGCCAAGAAAUCGUAUUGCCAAUAUCAAAUACAUGUGUAUUUCCAAAUCUGGAUAGAGCAAUUACUGUUACAUUGCCAAAAUACGUAGAACUCGAAUUAGAAGAUGGUUCCAUUUACAAAAUGCUAACAGAGGAAGUCAGUUUUAAAGACAAAAAUGGAAUUUGGAUGACAAGAAGACAACUGCCACUUAGUCUUGGUUAUGCAAUAACAGUUCAUCGUUCACAAUGUAUGACUUAUAAUAAGUUAGUUGUUGAUCUAACCGGAAAAAACUGGAAGCCAGGAAUGUUCUAUACAAUUUUGAGCCGCACGAGAAAAUUAACUGAUAUUAUCAUCUUAGCAUACGACCGAAAAUCUUUCAAAGUAUCUAAAUCUGCACUUAACGAGAUGAUUCGCCUUGAAAAAAUUGAGCAAGAAUAUCCCAUAAAAAUCGAACAUUAUUUACGAUCUGAGAGAUAUGUUGAUUGGUGUCUUUCUCGUCCAUUUGAUCAAGCUGAAACAUCAUCCGUAGUAUCAUCAAAAACUAGUACAACCACACUGAUUAAAAUCGAUUCCAAACGUCCGAAAUAUGAAGCUUCAACAUUCUCUACGUCUACCUCUUUGAAAAAGCCUGAAGAUAUUAUUAUUUGUGAAAAACAAGAGAGUCUUUAUUGUGGACGCCAUAUGCUUCGUGCAGUAUCACAAAGAUUAGAUCUAUUCAGUGACACAUAUUUAAAAGAAGUGGCUCAAAACCUAGCAAACUUUGAACAAAUAUAUUCUCAUCAAGAAUCUGUACUUGUAACUGAAUAUUAUCAUGAAAAUACGGGAGAAUAUAAUAUUGAUGUACUCAAAGCUGCUCUUCUCAAUAUUUUUAAUGUCGAUCUUAUACAAAUUCGUCGAUUUGAAGAAAACAUAUCCCCACUACAAACAUUGAUUGCGUCCAAUAUUACAAAUAUUCAAGCAUUGAUUAUACAACAAGAUUAUCAUUAUUACUGUUUACGUCGUUUUGAGUUAACAAAAGAUUAUUUUUUCAAAUUAGACUCAAAAAACCCAAUGAAUCAUGAACGUAUUCAUAUUGAUAAUUUACGUAAUUAUCUUCAAGAACUUAUUGAUAUAGGUGCCAAUGUUUAUGUGACAAUACUACGAAAUCUCGAUGAAGAAGAAGAUGGCAACUGUGCGAAUAAUAUACAAACAAGACUUUGGCCUUUUCCACAAUCAAAAGCUGAUCUUGAAGUUUUGAUUGUAAAUCAAGGAAAUCAAUAA